CAGCGGACCAAGCUGGGUUCCUCCUCUAGCGACGGGUGCGGACUUUGGUUACCACACGGAGGGAGUCCGCCGAGGAACGACUUUAAGGAGCAGCUUAGCGGGGAAAUAACUGAAAAUGCCUUCAAAUAAAGAAGAUGGCGGAUGGAAGAAGUUUCUGUGGGAUUCGGAGAAAGGAGAGCUGUUCGGCCGUACCGGUAGCAGUUGGUUCAAAAUUUUUUUGUUCUAUGUCAUUUUCUACGGCUGCCUGGCCGGGAUCUUCAUCGGAACCAUCCAAGCCAUGCUGCUCACCCUGAGCAACUACAAGCCCACCUGGCAGGACAGAGUCGCACCCCCUGGCCUUACACACACCCCACGAUCAGACAAAUCUGAAGUUGGCUUCAACCUCAAUGACUUUGAGACCUACCUGCCUUACACCAAGGCCCUGAAGGAAUUCCUGGCCAAGUAUGACGAGGAACAACAAAGGGACCAGAUGAAGUAUGAGGACUGUGGAGAUGAGCCUGCAGAGUACAAGAACCGGGGCGACUUGGAGAGCGAUGUAGGGAUCAGGAAGGCCUGCCGCUUCCCCAGGAGCCUGCUGGGACCCUGCUCCGGCAUAGAGGACCGCGAGUUUGGUUUCAAGGAGGGCAAGCCCUGCCUGAUUGUAAAGCUCAACAGGAUUGUCAACUACCGUCCAAAGCCUCCUAGCUCUAACGACAGUAUCCCUGAAGAGGCUAAACCCAAGGUGCAGCCCAACGUCAUCCCGAUCUACUGCACCAACAAGAAAGAGGAGGAUGCUGGUAAAAUUGGGGAGAUUAAGUACUACGGUAUCGGCGGCGGCUUUCCCCUGCAGUAUUACCCCUACUACGGCAAGCUGCUGCACCCUCAGUACCUGCAGCCGCUGGUGGCGCUGCAGUUCACCAACCUGACGAUGAACACUGAACUGCGCAUCGAGUGCAAAGUGUACGGAGACAACAUCGGCUACAACGAAAAGGACCGCUACCAGGGACGCUUCGACAUCAAGCUCCAGGUUAACAAUUUAUGACCGUCGUCAGGACCGUAGCACUUUCCCUGACAGCCUAUCCCCCCACCCCCACCCCCUAUCUCCCCCCUUGUCCUUAUCUAAAUAGAAAUCUAAUGUAGGAGAUUUUAAGUGAGGGGGUCAGGCUGCAGCGGUGAAGUCAAUCACAACUAGUCUUGAAUGAAUUAAUGAAAGGAAAAAAACCUGAUAGGGGACCGAUGUGUAAUCUGUCUGCUUUCAUAACUAGCUUCUACACUUCUGUCUAGCGUUAGAAUGUAAUUUAGAGGAGAAGUAGAAAUAGACCUAAUGAAAAUAUUUAUUCUGCUGUAAAUGAGACUUUUAAACAAGCCAUGGGACGUUGUUCAUUGAUGACUGUAAAGUUUAAUUCCAUCUCUGACCUGUAGCGAGCUGUGUUUGUCCCCCACCCCCGCCCCCCCCUGCACAUCGCUGCCUCGUGUGGUUCCAGUAGAUAUUUUUGGAGUUUGCAGUAGUCGCAAAAUCUGGUCCUUCCAAGCCACGCCUCAUUUUCUUCUGCGAGCAAGCUUUAGUGGCUCUAGGCAUCUGUGUCAGACAUAAACACUCACACACUCACUUAACUUGAUGAUUGAAAUUGUUUGAUAUGAAACACUCUUCUGAUCUGUGUAAGGAAAAGGCUGCACUCCAGGGAACUUCUUUCCUCUUUGUAUUUUACAUGUGAUCAUGGGUGACUUUACUUUGCCUUUUUUCUUUUGAUUUUGUGUUAAAUCACUUUAAACGUGUGAAGGAGUUUUUAUAA